GGCAUCCCGGGCUCCGCGGGCAUCCCGGGCUCCGUGGGCAUCCUGGGCACUGCGGGCAUCCUGGGCUCCGUGGGCAUCCCGGGCUCCAUGGGCAUCCCGGGCUCUGUGGGCAUCCUGGGCUUCAUGGGCAUCCCAGGUUCCACGGGCAUCCCGGGUGCUGUGGGCAUGCCAGUCACCAUGAGCAUCCCAGGCUCCAUGGGCAUCCCAAGCAUGGCAGGCAUCCCAGGCACCGUGGGCAUCCCAGGCACCAUGGGCAUCCCGGGCAUCCCGGGCGUCCCAGGCACCACGAGCAUCCCAGGGGCAUCCCGGCAGCAGCUCCUGCUGCCCGCAGUGCCCCAGCUCCUGCUGUCCCCCCUGCGUGGGGUUCGGGGGGUCGCACCGACCCACUCUGUGGGCGAGAUCGCCCGCUUGCGUCUCGGGGUCCCCAGCUGCGGUGUCAGCCCUGCCGCCGUCUCUCCAACGGGGACUGUGACUGCACCGGAGGCUGCGCCCCACGGCUGA